AUGGUUCUUAACAAAGUUCUGGCUGGGGCAGCUGCACUGUCGGCUCUUGUGCCAGUCGCUCUUGCCUUGGAUCCCAGCUUGAAGACCAAUGUUGCAGUUUACUACGGUCAAGGUGCCAACCAACCUCGUCUCAGUCAUUUCUGUGAACAGACCUCAAUGGAUAUCAUCAAUCUGGGAUUUGUCAACACAUUCCCAGAGGCUGUUCUAGAUUGGCCUGGGGACAACUUUGGCAAUCAGUGCGACGGUGUGCUGUUCCCAGACUCGGAACUACUUUCGGGAUGCCACCAGAUCUGGGAGGAUAUCCCCACCUGCAAAGACAUGGGCAAGACAAUCAUGCUCUCUAUUGGCGGCGCCUAUACCACUAACGAGGUUAUUCUGACGGAUGAGAUUGCAACCUGGUUUGCAGACUUCCUAUGGUACUCGUUUGGUCCUUAUCAACUCAGCGAGACAUUAUUCCCUCGACCAUUCGGAAACGUCGCAGUUGAUGGAUUUGAUUUUGAUAUUGAACACAAUGGUGGAGCCGGAUAUGCUACCAUGAUCAGCCGACUUCGUGAGCUUUUUGACACAUAUCCCGACCAGAAAUUCUACAUCUCUGGCGCGCCGCAGUGCUCGAUUCCCGAUGCGCAACUCGGGGAUGCCAUCGAAAAUGCGGCUUUCGAUUUCCUCUGGGUCCAGUUCUACAACACUCCAGCCUGUGCGGCCGCUAAUUAUGUCAGUGGAAGCGGUAAUUUCAACUUUGAUGAGUGGGUGGACGUGAUCAGGAACAGCCGCAACCCUGAAACCAAGCUGUUUGUCGGCCUCCCAGCCUCUGAAGACGCCGCCAACCCAGGAUACUACAUCACUCCCGAUGAGGCGAAGACUCUGGUGGAGGAAUAUAUGGGUCUAUAUCCUGAGCAUUUUGGAGGAAUCAUGCUGUGGGAAGCGACUGCGUCGGAAAAUAAUACGAUUGACGGCUUCACCUACGCUCAGCAUAUGAAGCACAUCCUCGGGGAGUGUGCUCCUCCGUCACCGCCGCCUGUCCAAUCAGUCACUCCACCCCUUUCGUCUUCUUUGGCGCCCACGAGUACACCAUCGGUUCCUGCUAUCCCAUCAAGUGCCUCGCCUUCUGGCCCUUCGGGUUCGGGCUCGAAGCCAUCAGUUCCCGGUCACCCAUACAGCUCAGUCCCCGUAUCCAGAACCACCACUCCCAACAAGUCUGUUCCUGCUGCUUCUUCUCCCACUCCUCCCGGUGUCCCUACCACUAGUGGCAGUGAAAUUCCGACUGGUGGUGUGAAUCCCAGCGCUCCAGGCAUCACUAGCGCCCCUUCAGUCACACCCACUCCGUCGACUUCAGAGCCCGUGACCAUCACGACGGUGAUUGUAACCUCAUACACGGACAUCUGCCCCACGGGUUUCACCACAGUCUGGAUGACAAUUACCACGACAUACUGCCCCGGAAAUGGACCUGCUCCUUCUACUGCCACCGAGACUGCCGGCGUGACCCAACCUGGUUCGGGCCCGACGAGUACUACUGCUUCGAUUCCUGAGGGAUGGACUACCACUGUCACCGUCUGCACACAAUGUGCUCCGACCCCGACAACAGUUACUCUCACUCUGCCCUGCACCAUGACGGCUACACAAACACAGCCGGAGAUUGCCCCCACUUCUGUUCCCGAAGGUUAUACCACGACCGUGACAUUUUGCAAGCACUGCGGCCCUACUGGCUCGACGGUCACCAUCACCGUGCCCUACACUCUCACAAGUGCUCAGCCUACCGGUACGUCCUAUGUUUCCAGCAGCUCUCCCAUGGUCGUCUCUUAUCCCUGGACCACCGCAUCUCGCGCUCCAGCGGCUCCUACUACGACGCCGGAAGGAACGUCUCCAGUUUAUACCGGCGCGGCUUCUCGUGGGGCAGUGGUGACUUCAUUUGGGACCAUCUUCGCUGCCCUCUUGUCUCCUUUUAUGUUGUGA